UUCCCACAAACACCAAACUAGAUUAACGGUCCAAAGCCAAAGAUAAACAUUACUAUGUUUAUGUUUCACAAACCAAAAAACAUGUUCUAUAGUUGAAACAAAGAGUGUGAACUUGUUGGAAAAUCUUAACUAUAACCAUCCAUGGUUCCCACUCUUUCAUCCAAUUCUUUAUCUCAUCCAAAGUUGAAUUUUAGGAACCAAACAAGGUUCAAUGUCUAUGCUAAAAAAUCUGGAGGAGGGUCGUUUCCAUCAUUUGGAUUAGGAAAACCAAAAGAUGAAGAAAAAGACCAACAAAAUGGUUCAUCAAACUCAAUUAAUAACCCUUUUCGAUUCGACUUUGGAAAAUUGCCUGACGUGACUUCUUUGAUCCCUGUUGGGAGCAAAAAUGGUUCUUUGCCAGGUUUGUCAUUUGGAAGUCCUACAAGGAAGAAGGAUCCUUCGACGGUUUUUGUUGCCGGUGCUACUGGUCAAGCUGGUAUCCGCAUUGCACAGACUUUGCUUAGAGAAGGGUUUAGUGUUAGAGCUGGUGUUCCUGAACUUGGUUCUGCUCAGGAAUUGGCUCGUCUUGCUUCUCAAUAUAAGAUUAUAUCAAACGAAGAGGCAAAGCGUCUCAAUGCUGUGCAAUCAAGCUUUGAUGAUGCAGACUCAAUAGCAAAAGCAAUAGGCAAUGCAAGCAAAGUGGUUGUCACCAUUGGUCUCACAGAGAACGGUCCAGCAACUGAGGUAUCCACGUCAGACGCCUUGCAAGUAAUUCAGGCUGCUCAGCUGGCAGGCGUAGGCCACGUUGCAGUCAUCUACGAUGAAAACAACGGUGUCAGCACCUCAACCUACAAUGUACUUGAUGGCAUCUCCUCUUUCUUCAACAAUAUCUUCUCCAAGUCUCAACCUUUGUCUAUUCAAGAGUUCUUGCAGAAAGUGGUUGAAACAGAUGUCAAAUAUACCUUAAUCAAAACAUGUUUGACCGAUGAUUUUGCACCGGAGAGUUCUUAUAAUGUGGUUGUCUUAGGUGAAGAAAACACCGGUUCGAACGACUAUAAAGUAACAAAGUCCAGGAUAGCAUCGUUGGUGGCUGAUGUCUUCUCCAACACACAGGUUGCAGAAAACAAGGUUGUGCAAGUUUACUCAGACCCGAAUGCUCCCCUGAGGCCUGUAGACGAACUUUUCAGCACUAUUCCCGAAGAUGGAAGAAGGAAAGCCUAUGCUGAAAUAUUGGAGAAAGCCAAAGCAGAGGAAGAGGCAAGAGUGGAAGCUGAAAAGGCACGCGAAGCUGCUGCAACAACUAAGAAGCUGGAAGAAGAGGCACUGAAGCUUUCAAAGCAAGAAGCACAGGCUUCUAAUCUAGUUAAAGAAGAUCAAGAGAAGGCAGAGGCAGCUGGAACUUCGGUAGAAGACAUUUUGAACAAGGCUAAAGCUUUUCGUGCAGGGUUUUCAAGGCAAAAGUUAAGCUCACAGGUUGCUACAACAAAUCAAAAUCCUGAUGAGGAUGAGAAACCAAAGUUGCAACAGGCAAAAGGUUUUGGUGCAGGGUUUUCAUGGAAAAAGUUCAGCUCACAGGUUGCUACAGCAAUCCAAAAGCCUGAUGAGGAUGAGAGCCCAAAGGUGCAAGUUGCUACCGUAAGAGGACAGGCGAAGGCUCGGAGUCUCAUUCCUAACAAAGCUGUGACUAAACAAACAACAACUCCAAGAAACAGUGUGAGUAAACCAAAGGAGGAAAAAAGAAAGAUAGAAGAGAAACCGAAGGAGGUUAGGAAGGUAUUUGGUGGCCUGUUCAAGCAAGAGACUAUCUAUAUUGAUGAUGACUAGUAGAAGUGGAAUAUGUACUGCACAGCUUAAAACUGUGCUGUUUGAGUCUGUGUUAAUGCUGAUAAUUUGGUUGGACAUGUGUGGUUUUGUAAGGUUGUGUUUUGAUGCAAGAUAUUUAUGUAAUUGUACUUGUUCAGAACCAUGUAAUCAGAUUAGCAGGGAGAUACAAGAUUUUCCCAACAAAAAUGGAAUUUGCAAUAUCAAACACCUUCAAAGUA